UCUGUUCAUUAUAGCGGAUAAGGGGAGAGAAGAGAGAAAAGACUGUGGAGUCCCAGUGCCUGGGAGAGUGGUAGGUGUCAUCCGCAGUGCCGGACUAGGUCGAUUGGCAGGCAGUGGUGAGGUGCGGUUCCUUCAGGGCCCUCCGGGGCGUAGCCAGGCAGUUCCUCCCCCAGGGUGCGAGUGCCCCGACCUGGCCUGGCCGCUCCUACUGCCUCAUUCAUUCAUCAAAUAUCGAUUGAGAAACAUUGCCAGUGGGACUUGGUGCCGGGCCCCAGCCGCAGCCUCAGCGAGGUUGCAGAAUACUGAGGCCUGGCAGCUACAGCGGCCUUGCUCCCAGCGUCCCAGUGGGCCCCGACAGGGUGGAGCCACCCUUUAUUCUGGGAGUGGUCGCCGAGGGAAGCGACUGGAACCCAUUUAGAGUCUCAAGGGGCGUGGCUCCGGUGCAGAGGACCAAGUUCUCGAAAGGUGAGUUGCCAGAGAGCGGUGGCAGCAUCCUACGUUUGGGCACAAAGUUCAGCCUGAGCCCGUAGGCAUCUGGGUGCUUUUAAGUUCUCCGAGGCGCAAGACCGUGCCCGCGAGUACUGUGAACUGCGGGUGGGGCCAGGUUCUCUCCCGCCGGCUCGGAAGGUCGGAGAACCUGCGUCGACCACUCCACUAAGGGCGAGGCCGGGAGCCUAGGGGAACUCCAGAAGGGCGAGGCCAGACCCUCUAAGGCCUCCCAGGGGGCGGGGACAUGCGUGUCAACCACUUGAGUGCGGGGCGGGGCCUUGUAAAUCAGAGGGACUGGGUGCCCGGGCGACCGUGGGUAAGGUACGAGGUGUGGUCCGGGCGCCCGCAGCUGGAGUCAAACUCUGGCGCAGCGUGUUCCCUCAGGAAUCCCUGUGAGACCUCAGCACCCGAGGUGAUGGCGGGGCAGCCAGAACUUCUGCCGGAGGGCCCCACCGAAGACCCCGCAUCCCCGCCAGCUUGCCGCUACUUCCUGGAGGGCCGCUGUCGCUUCGGCGCCCGCUGCCGCCAGUCGCAUCCCGGCGCGGAGGCGCCGCCUGGCCGAGGGGCGCAGCCGGAGGCCGGAACCAAGAAGCCGCCGCUGCGCACAGCCGCGGCGGUCAUCCAGCGCAUCCGCUGGGACCCGCGCCUCGACCCCGCCGACUUCUCGGUGGGCUACGUCGACCGCUUCCUGGGUGUGCGCGAGGAGCCCUUCAGCGCCUUCUGCUGGGACGAGCCGCUGGCGGCGCUCGGGCCGGGCGUGCUGGCCGUGCCGCAGCACCGCGUGCGCUACUUCCGCUUCCGCGGCCGCCUGGUGUGGGACCGCGCCUCGCGCACCGACCUCGUCUUCGGCUCGGGAUCGGCAGCUGGCCGGGGGCCCACCAUCCUGGACGUCCUUGACGGCGAGGACGCACUGGAGACCCCGGACGACGAGAGACCCUGCGAGGCCCCAGCAGGGCAGAACCAGGCUGACCCCAAGGGAGCGAGCGAAAACACGGACUGGACAGAGCUCCGGGAAUCCGACCUGGAGGAACCCGGAAGAGACCGCGAGGCGGCCAAGGAGAGGGGGCCGGGUGCGGCCAUCGACUCGGGAAAAAAAAUCCCGAGGGGGCAUCUCGCAGAAACAGAGAGGGCAUUGAGGGCACCCGAGACCCACGGAGCCACAGUGCUGCCAGGCACGGAGGCACAGGCCGUGGCAGCCCCAGGAUUGUCUGUUGGGGAGAUGGAAACGGAGUGGGGUGCAGAGGGCAAUGAAAGGGACGUGCCAGCUAGGGCUGUGGCUCCUCGCCAACCCCGCCCUACACAUUUUGUGGCCCUCAUGGUGAGCGACCUAGGGCUGCAGGCAGAAGUGGCCAAAGUCCAGGAGCACCUAGUCCAAGUUGCCCCAUCCUGUGCUGCCUUCCUGGUGCCCACACAUGCCCUGCAUCUGACACUGGCCCUUCUGCGGCUGGCAGGCCCAGGGGAGGAGGCAGCGGCAGUGGGAGCUCUGAGAAGGGCCCUCUUGGCCCCAGGGCUUCAGGCACCCCCACGGCUGCGGUUUAAGGACUUAGUACUCCUAAGCCACCAUGUACUUUGUGCUCCACCCUCCCCCACACUGGAAGGCAUGGCCCACGUACUGAGCCAGAGGCUGGAGGCAGAGGGGCUGAGAGUGCUAUGGCCCCCAGGGGGGCUGCACCCCCACCUCACUCUGGCCAAGGUACCCCAUGGCUCCCAGGUCUGCCUCCCUGAGCCCAGGUUCAGCCUGGACCAAGAGCUGCAGAGCCAGCCCCUGGGGCGACUCUGGCUGUGCCGCAUGGGGAAGGCGGGUGGCCCCUACCAGCCCCUAGCUGACAUGCCCCUGGAGUUGCACACUGAAUCCGAACAGUGAAGGGGGACCCAGGCCAGGCAGAAAGGACAGUGCGUGCGCUGUGUGCUCUCUCUCUCUCUCUCUCUUUAAUUUUGGUUUCUCUCAAGCUUCCAAAUGGUGCUCAGUGCUCCAAGGAAAAGAAUGAAGGAAGGAAGGGGAUAGGAGGGGAGGGGAGGGAAGGCAGAGGAGGGACAUCUGGAAAAAAGCAGCCUGACAGUCCAGCUGUUUGCGAACUCAUAGCACAUCCUCCAGUUACAUGGCAGAAGAGGAAGGGAGGACCGAAAAGAAAAGGGGAGGAAGAAGAAAAAAUAACUUAAAUAAACACACACACAAAGAAAAGAGAAGGAAACAUGACGUGAGCUGGUGAUCCAUGAAGGCGGGAGGGAGGGAGGGUGACCGGUUUACCUGUGCUGAGCCAGGGAGGGCUGGGAGCAGGAGGGGGGGAGGGAAAGGGAAAAAAAAAUCAGAAGAAACAUUGGGGCGAGGAAGGAGGGGACACGGAGACAACUUAAUACAACUUGAGACGAGGCGGCCCGGCCGGCUGGUCCCGCGAUGGCCUCCGGAGUCCUCAGUGCGGUGUGGUGAUGCUGGUCUGGUGGUGGUGGUGGUGGUGGUGGUGGUGAUGACGAUGACGGCGUUGGCAUUUCUGGGGUGGGGGACCAAGGGUGGGGCAUAGUCUCUAAGCAGCUCCCCUCA